AUGGAUUUGAAUUAUAUGCAACUUCUUGCUGCUGCAGCUGCAAUGCCGGCGGCACCUCCGGUCACCUCCAUUGGACAACAGUCACUUGCGUUCAAUCCGCCAGCAUUAUUGCAAAAUCCCUGGCUUCAACAGCAAUAUUAUCAACGACUAGCUUUACAACAAUACUUGGAGAAUUUACGAACUCCUGUGUCGAUCUCACCGCUCAUCGUACCAGCAACUCUUCCAACAACAUCUGUAGCGUCAUCAAAACUCGACGACAAUAUUAUCUACUCUCAGUUAAACACAGCGACGGUUCCCACCACUACAUCAUACAUGCCGCCGUCCUCUACGGACUCAGCUUGCGGAUUGGUAGCUCCAAUACCGAAACGGGCACGUCUUGUGCUACCCACUAUCAGUGACGAGGAUCAGAAGCGGCGUUUACUUCUCGAACAACAACCGCAGAUUGCCUCUUUGCCGACACAAGCCGUUCAAGCCGAACCACCACGUGCCAGUGCCCGUGUACUUCCGUCUGCCUUCACGCCGAAUCCAUCGUACCAGACACAGACAUCACCAUCCAAUGAAACCUCAACUGAAGCGGUUUGUUCGCCAAGCACUUCAGUGGAUCCGCCAGCGAACUCAAAAGAAGACGAAGAGCCUGAGCUAUUUAUCGACAUUGAAUCUGUCGACAAUCGUCCAGAAGGUCGCGAUCGCCGUCGUGCCUACAUCGACUUCUAUCGCAAAGUGAAAAUGUUGAGCAACGAUAAUGCCAUUCACACUCACGUGAACCAUCACGCAGAAGCCGGCGGAUUUUGGUGCAAGUUGUGUGGACUGAGCGAAAGCGAUAAGUACAGAAUAUAUGAGCAUAUGCGAGUGAAUCAUCCGAACAACAUGGAAUUGUUCGAGGAUCGAAGGGAUAUCGUGAAACUGUGCGCCGUCAUUCAAGAAUGUUUUCCGCGAGCGUGUCCUCGAUUGAAAAAAGAAGUAGUGCGAGAGUUCGACCUCAUUAUCAAAACCAUGGAAGAAAAGCAUUUGACGGAAUUGAAAUGUAGUCGAUGCGAUACACUUGUUAAAGCGACAAAAGCUGCGAUGACAAGGCAUGCACAUCAACAUCCUGUGUACAGGUGUAAACAAUGCAAGUUCACGUCUGAAAACAUCGAAGCGCAAGAAGAACAUCAAGUUGGUAUGCACACGUCGUUGGAGCCGAAAAUUAUGGUCGAUUACAAUAUUUGCUCGGCAGCAGAUGUGGUGGCAAGAACCGUGCAGCGUUGUUUUGCCCAUGUUCUGCAAUCGUCGGACACGGAAAAUCGAGAGAAAACACCAGCAGCGAAGUCUUGA